CGUCUAAAAAUGCUUGACUUGCGUGAAAAUAAAAUAACAGAAUUGCCAACUGUAAUGUCUGAAAUGAAAUGCCUUUCUAUUUUAUUGCUUUCUUCGAAUCAUUUAAAAGCUAUACCUGAAGAAAUUGGGCAAUGUUCACAAUUAACACAGCUAGAUUUACAACACAAUGAACUUGUUAAAUUGCCAGAAAAUAUUGGUUUAUUAAAUUCUCUUAAACGACUUGGUAUUCGUUACAAUCAUUUAACUGAAUUGCCUAAUUUAUUAUCACAAUGUACUUUAAUUGAUGAAUUUGUUGUUGAAAGUAAUAAACUUCAAGCUUUGCCUGAUGGAAUUCUCGCUUCAUUUCCAAAUUUAAAAAAUAUUAAUUUGAGUAGAAAUCAAUUAAAUGCUUUGCCACAAGGAGGGUAUGAAAUGGCUGUGUCAGUCAAUGUAGAACACAAUAAUAUAAACAAAAUACCUUUUGGUAUUUUUGCCAAAGCUGGACAACUUUCAAAGCUUAAUUUCAAAGAAAAUGAACUUUCUUCGUUUCCACUUGAUUUUGGUACUUGGAUUACUUUGACAGAAUUAAAUAUGUCAAAUAAUGAUAUUCAAGAACUUCCACCAGAUAUUGACAAAUUAAUAAAUCUUGAAGUGUUGGUACUUUCUACAAACCGUUUAAAAAAGCUUCCAUCACAAAUUGGUUCUUUAAGAAAAUUAAGAGAGCUUGAUUUGGAAGAAAAUGAAUUGGAUGGAAUUCCUUCUGAUAUUGGGUUUUUGACGGCAUUAACUAAACUUUGGAUUCAAUCAAAUCAACUCACUUCUUUGCCUAGAACAAUAGGAAAUUUAUCUAAUUUGGUUGAUCUAAGAGUUGGAGAAAAUCUCAUAACUUUCAUUCCAGAAGAAAUUGGUCAUUUAGAGAAUCUAAAAAGUCUAUAUUUAAAUGAUAAUCCAAACUUGAAUAGUUUGCCUUUUGAAUUGGUGCUUUGUUCCUCACUAGAAAUAAUGUCAAUUGAACGUUGUCCACUUACACAUAUUCCUGCUGAUAUUACUGAAGGAGGCCCUUCACUUGUAAUUCAAUAUUUAAAAAUGCACGGUCCAUAUAGAGGAGUGCUCAAUAUUUAA